UUUGUUUGAUUAUCGGUUGAAGCGACAAUUGUCGAUAGUUUUCUGUGAGAUAUAGCCAUGUCUAACGUUUUAGAUGAUGGGAAAGGUGAUACAGAUCCCUGCCCUCUUCAGUACUGUGAUUUUAAAAUGGUGGACCACAAAAGCAUGUGCCCAUUCUAUACUUCUUUGUUAACACGCUCUGCGGAUCAAGGAAUAAGCCCCGAAGACCUUCACUUGCUUCAAAGUGACCUGGAAACACUUCUUGCCGGUGCUAAUCGGCGAAUAAGGCAGAUAGACUCUGAAACUAAACUACUGAUUGAUUGGGCAGAGAAAAAAGACAAGAAAAGUGUGCGACAUCGCGAGUUGGAAAUUCUUAAUUCUUUGCAGUCCUCUUUGAAAAGAACCCGGCCUGCAACAGAGGAAAAAGGAGCCAAAAAACAGAAACUGGAAGAGUCAAAAAGCACUAGUCCAGGAGGUCAGUUGGUUGGAAGACCAAAAAGUAAACAUUCAGCAUCUUCUGAAGGGAGUCAGGAAGAUGAAACAUUUCCCCCAAGUGUGAAAACAAAGACAGAUACACCCAACCGUUUCUGGGCUGCUGUUGAACCAUAUUGUGCUGAUAUCACUGUUGAAGAUCAGAAAUUUCUUGAAGAAUCCUUGAAAAGUCCAGAUGAUGAACAAGAAUAUUAUAAAGUCCCACCUUUAGGAAGACACUAUGGAGAGAAAUGGGCUCAGGAGGAUCUGCUCGAAGAGCAAGAAGAAGGUUCCAGGAUGCAGGACAAGAAAUUGCGUGGUACUUUAACAAACAUGACCAGUGACAACACAAAUAAACUAAGUGAUGAAAAAUCUUUGCUGAAAAAGGCAAACACUGCUGGACUUCAUGAGGAAGACUUGUGUCCAUUUGGUUCCCUAACACAAAGAUUAGUAUCAGCUUUGAUUGAAGAAAACAUUAUAGCACCAAUUCCAGAGCAGAAUUCAGGAUCUGGGAGUUCUGACAGUGCCACUACAAGAAGUGGUAACAAUCCCCCUCGCACGCCGAGUAAGGCACCCCAUGUACCUCAUACUCGAACUUUAGAGGCACGCAUUAGAGAGGAACUAGUAUUUCAAGGGUUGCUGGAUGCAGACGAUCAGGCAGAUGAAGAGGUUGAUGAUGAGGUCUUGGCUGAGCUCAAACGCCACCAGAAUGAACUGCGUGUCUUGAUUGCAAAGAACAGACAACAGAAAGUAGAGCUCUCAAAAUUGACACAAGAGGAAAUGAGAAGACAGGAACUAAAGCACAGAGCACAGGUUGCCGAUGCUGAAGUAAUGGAAUGGUUUAGGAAAAUGAUGGGAUAUAAACAGAAAAGAAAGUCGCCAACAAAAAAGGAGAAGGAGGCAGCAUGGAAAGCUUUAAGAGAAAGGGAGGCAAUCCUUAGAGUCCUUGGCAAUUCAUGAGUGUACCAUUUGGACAAGUUCUCUACAAAAAAAUGGAGGGUGCUCACUUUUUCCUAUAACUUUGCAUUUAUUAUAGGUAUUCACCCAGUCAUUGAACCUAAUAUUUAAUACUUCCCUUAAAAUCAAAAAAAUGCAGAGGCCUAAGUAGUAGGUCCACUCUAAAGUUUACACUAAUGCAUUUUUGUUCAAAAGCAAAUACUUUUGGAUGCAUUUUGUCCAUCAUCCACACUAAAAUGGCCAAAAACACGGAUGGAAAUGAACUCUUUC